AUGUUUCUGGGGACUGAAGCUGUCUGGCUGAAUGUUCCGGCCGGAGAGACGAAGUGUAUCUCUGAGGAGAUCCAGGCUGACAACAUUGUUCUCGGUGAGUACUCAGUUGUCGUCGUUCAUGACAAUGGGCAACUUCAUCAUGGAUUGCCUAUUAUCUCCGCCAAGGUAACAACACCAUAUGGGACCAUAAUUCAUCAGAAAAGCAAUGCCACAGAAGGUGAGUUUGCAUUCACAACCUCUGAUUCAGGCAACUACCAGGCAUGUUUCUCUGUCGAUCCGUCGAAAGAUGGCAGCAGCGCAAACAUUAAUCUUAACUGGAAGAUCGGCAUUGCGGCUAGAGACUGGGCAUCUGUUGCUAGAAAAGAAAAGAUCGAGGGUGUGGAAUUGGAGCUAAGGAAGCUAGAGAUGGUUGUGAAGGCAAUGCAUGAGAAAUUGUUGCUCCUCAAGGACAAGGAAGCAAAUAUGAGGGAUAUGAGUGAGAAAACAAACAGUAGAGUGGUUUGGUUUAGCAUGAUGUCUCUUGGUGUUUGCAUUCUGGCUUCUGCUGUGCAGUUGUCCCACUUAAAGGGUCUACUUUAG